AUGUCACGAGAGUUUGGUUUUGAUCCUAUUGGUAUACCUAUAACAACAGGACAGCUACUGGCCCACGUUGUGUGCUCCAGAGUUACUAUCGGACUUCUCGGUGCCCGUGAAGAGGUCACCAAGGACAAAGUCCGCAAAUACAAACAGAAGGCAAUAGACGAAGAGUAUGCACGCAACCAGAAGCACGAUCAACGUCUAAACGCAGAAUGCGAGCUCACCGUCACCAAAGUUCGCCUUGCCACUGCCAGUAACAAACGACAACAGUGCGAAAAUCAACUACCUGCUACAGAAGCUCAUCUUCACCAGGUGGAAGAACUUUUUGACACUACCCAGACACCCGAUCGUCUCACCGCCGAAUUCCGAGGUGAAGUAGCUGGGUUACGUGCUGCACUCAAGGAAGCAAAUGACCAUAUUGAUGUCCUCAAGGUACUUCGACUGGCCCCGAAAUCAACCGCUGAGCGAUAUGGCAUCACUUCCAAACCACCUGCCCUUCCCGUCAAGGACUAA